GAUACAGAAUUAAGGUGAACCAGAUAGAGAGUUGAGCAGUUCAGUUAAGAUGUGUCUCUCUCCAAAUAGAAUUUGGCUUUGUUGAGUUAUUCUGACAGAAAAAAUGGAAUCUCUGUCUUUGAAGUCAGCAAUGUUAAUGGGCAAAGAUGAAGUGUAUGUAGCAUCAAUGCCUCUGAGGGCAACAAAGGGACCACCCCAAUUGCUUAUGUCUGCAGCCUACUCCCUCAAUUUCUGGGAUUUCCAACAUUUCAUGGUCAUCAUCAAACCCGAUUCGCCUUCUCCUCAUUCUCAGGUUCUGGUUUUUGAUUUUCAACCAAAAGAUCCUGAAGAUAUAUAUGUGGCCCUAGCAGCUCUAAACGGUAGAGCAGUGCGAGGAACUGUUCGCGUUAGGAAGUUAAAGAAGUUGCCAAGAAACAAAUGCUGGCUGGUUGGAUAUUCAGAAGCAGAUACUGUGGAAAUAACAAGAGAAUUCAACAAAAAGUGGGAAACAAAUUUGAAGAUUGGUCUUCAUGAUUGUCGCGAUUAUACCAACGGUUUGGUUAGGCAACUCACUGGGGAAAAAAAUGUGCUGAAACGUUUGAGAAACCUUGCUAGUUAAAGGGAAUCCAUUGUCGUGCUAUGUGAUGCUUUCAACAAUUUUCAUGAAGGCCUCGAAGAAAUGAAUCUCAGUCCAGGAAGAAAGCUUAAUGCUAUUUAUUUUCCCCUUUUGUAACAUUCUGUUCUCUUGUAUAGCCUCACUCUAUUUCUUCGUGCUAGUUAAAAUUCGCUAUCUGUCAUGGGUCAGUUCAAUGGGGUGGAUAGCCCAUUUUGUUAACUCUGUAAUUAAGGGAGAGAAUGAUAUUUUAUCUUAGAUAAUCUUAGUAACAAUUGGCAAAUUAUAUAAAAAGUUGAAACUAUUU